AUGCGGUCUCCAGUACCACGGGGUCGUUGGUGUGCAUUCGCAUUGCUGCCUGUAUCGUUAAAUGGGCGCAACUCUGUCCCAUCACCCGGCGGUUGUCCUCGUACCGGCCCAGUACUGCGGAAAAAAGGACAUGUGAGGUCGGUGAAAUCGGGGUUGAUAG